GGAACUGCUCCCGCGCGUCUAUCAAGUCAAUUUGGGACUGAAACAAGCCAAAGAACACUACAGGAGGCUGUACCCCCUCAACAGCUCUGCCGGCAACCAAUCAACGCGCCUAUCGAGAGUUGCGUUGCAGGAAGACGUCGCUGUUCAACACGAAGGGGCGGAGCCAGAAAAAUUCCAGAGAACACGUUUGGAGAAGGUUUUCCUCCGACUGGACUGUAAUUGGCCGGAGGGUUUUUGACUGGCGAAUGGGUGCUCGCGGAGAGUGCGCGGCAUGCCCCUGUCCCUCCCGCUGACCCCUGAGCAUAUUUUGUGCAAAUAAGACUGCUUAAAGUGGACGAAUGAAUUCCAGGGUGAAGCAGAAGGCUGAAGCAGACAAAUCUUUGGCUGCAAAGGCGUCUACAGGUAAUACAAAUGGCCCAUUCCAGAGACAGACCCUGAAGAUGAUACAGCCAUCUGUUACGGGGUGUCUUGUUGGCCGGGCAAAUGAGCAGGUCCAAACAUCAAUCAAGGGGAAACUCCGGAGUGAGCAGUCUAUCUCUAAGGUUUGCAAACCUGCUUCUGCAAUGGUGUCAGAACACAGAAAUGCAAAAGGUGUCGUCCAGGCUUCUGACCUCAUGGUAAAAGGCAAUCCUUCAUCUGUAUAUUGGAAAGAGUUGGCUGAAGAGAGGAGGAAAGCUCUGUAUGAGGUGUUGCAAGAGAAUGAAAAGCUGCACAAAGAAAUUGAAUUCAAAGAUAGUGAAAUUGCUCGUCUAAAGGAAGAGAAUGAAGAGCUUGCACAGCUGGCAAGCCAUGUGCAGUAUAUGGCAACCAUGAUUGAGCAACUAACUGAACAGGCACCAGAAAGCUUGGAGACACUGAAAGAUCUAGACCUGGAAGAAAUUGUGUAUGAAGAUGAAGGUCCUUCUUCAGAAGAGGAUUUAGAUAGUGAUUCUGAACAGGAAUGUUCUCAGAUCUCUUCUACAAAAAGUGUUGCAGACCUACGUCCAUGUGAAACCAGUAAUCCUUAAAACUGAGGUUUCUUGUGUCUGAUCAGUGCUUCAGGGGAGACUAAACUGCCAGAGAUUAUUUGGAUAUUACGGGAACAGACUCAUCUGACAACUGAAAAUUUAAGAGCCAAAGUAUAAAUUGUGGCAAGUAAUUUAUAGUAAUGCAAGUAACAGUAUCAUGUCAAAAGAGUUAGACUAUAUCUGGCCACUUGCAUGCAAUGGAAAUACUAUGUAUUUCAUCAUGUAAAUAGUUUUAUUCAUGUGUUUGAGUUUCAUGUAACUGCCAAAUAAACUUUAUUAUCUUAUCUGUA